AUGGGGCACACCAACUGGAUCCCCCGCUUCUCCGCUCCUCCCGGCGAGUGCUCCGAGAAGAAAACUGCCCAACGGCGGCGUCGCGAUCGCUCCACGGACCCGCACGACAGGACAACCACAGCAGGCGAAGGCGAAGCGAAAAAAUCCAAGCUCUUUUUGGAUCAAAUGCAGCGAUCCUCAGCGCUGGUUCAGGAAGGGCACGAG